AUGGCCGCCAACUCGCAAGGUAUCCAAACCCUUCUCGAAGCAGAGAAAGAAGCUGCCAAGGUGGUCCAGAAGGCCAGGCAAUACCGAGUCCAGAAGUUGAAAGAUGCCAGAUCAGAAGCUGCCAAGGAGAUCGAGGCGUACCGUGCUCAAAAGGAGGAAGAGUUUAAGAAGUUUGAAAAGGAUCACACAUCGCAAACAUCCUCUUCACAAUCAUCCAUCGACAGCAGCACCACCACCCAAUUAGCCGACCUCGACAAAGCGGUAGAGAAGAACAAGGCAGAGGUGAUCAAGAAGAUCGUGGAUAGGGUAUUACAAUCUGAUCCUAAGUUACAUGCUAAUCUGAAGAAGAUUGAGGCGUAG